GUGCCUACUGGAGCAUCAUUGCGCAAUCGCAAGCCGUACCGAGUUGACGUGAGGAUUUGUUCGUGUGAGAAGUCUGCUCAGAAGACAAGAGUAUGCAGUCGUUUGUGGUGUUUGCUGCGGUCAUUUUGGCCACCGUUUCGGCUGCCCCGUACCAGCUGAUCCUGCUGGAUGAUGCGGAUCUGCCCAUUGCCCCGAUCCGUGUCGUGCGUAAUGCACCGGGUGGCCUGUCCGGCGGCGCUGCCAAUGCCGGUGCCCAAUCGUUCAACCAGGGCGGAGGCUUCGGCGGUGGCUUCCCCGGCCAUGGUGGCGGUUUCGGUGGACUUUCCGGCUCAGCCGCAAACGCUGGCGCACAAUCGUUCAACCAGGGCGGUUCGGGCGGGCAUGGUGGAUUCCCCGGAUUUGGAGGAUUCUCGGGAUCGGCCGCUAACGCUGGCGCACAGUCGUUCAACCAGGGCGGUGGUCAUGGAGGAUUCGGGGGUGGUCUGGCCGGAUCGGCUGCCAACGCUGGCACUCAGUCGUUCACGCAGGGCGGUGGCCACGGAGGCGGUUUCGGUGGAUCGGCUGCCAACGCCGGUGCUCAGUCGUUCACGCAGGGCGGUGGCGGUGGACACGGUGGAUUCCCGGGCUUCGGUGGCUUCUCGGGAUCGGCUGCCAAUGCUGCGUCGCAAUCGUUCACCCAGGGCGGCGGUCACGGUGGAUUCGGUGGCGGUCUGGCCGGUUCCGCUGCCAACGCUGGUGCUCAGUCGAUCGUAGCCCACUAGACACAGGUUGGCACGGUGUUUUCGGGAGAGGUGCGCGAGCAAACGAAUUAAGCAAACGAAACAGUACAAAACCAGCUAAAAGACGAUGAUUUUCAUCACAUCAUUCACCGACACACACACACUCUCCACUCAUGCUCGCAUGGGAGUUUUUAUUUUUGUGAUAUUGAGUAGCAUCAUUAAUCAUUGACAAAAAAAGGGAAGUUGAAAUGAAACGAAGCAAAACAACAGCAUGAUGAUGAUUAUUUUUUCAAAUAAAAGUAUACAAAAACAUAAA